GCCGUAGUUUUCCCGUAAAGCAUAGUCCAUGGUCGUACGUUGUCGUAGAUAUUAUUCUCUCCAUCAGAGGUCACAACAAAUCGUUCAGCAUGGGAGGUGACCACGGCCAUAACAAGAUGUCCAUGCCGGACUGGCGUCAGUGGAAGACCGACGGGACGCCCCUGGAGUUCACGCAGCAGAGGCUCGCUGCCAGGGGGCUGAAGGAUCCCUGGGCACGUAACGAGGCAUGGAGGUACUCCGGGGGCUUCGCUCGUGCGGUGACCCUGUCGGAAGUUCUGCUGAGAGGAUUCAAGUGGGGCUUCGCUGCUUUUACUGUGGCUCUGGCCGUUGAAUACGCGCUUUCCCCACCGAAGAAAAGUGACCACUGAUCUCUGGUGUCGGAUUAGAAUGGUUAAUGAUAAUGAUGUUUAUUCUCUCUGUAAAUUAAAUACCCUUUCUUUGCCCUUUAAUGGA